AUGAACCAUGAUGAUGUGGCGAAGGCUCUUCUCGGAAUGGCAGAGGCUUUGCGAACUCAAGAACCACCGAAACUGAAAAUGGCGAUCAAGUGUGCAAGAGUAAGAGAAAACGAACAGAAAUAUCGGAAAAACGUGCUGCUCAUUUCAGAGUUCGCUCAAGUUGGAACUUUCGGACGAAAUGAUUGCUGUUUGCAACUUCCAACUGGGAAAACUCUUAUUUUUCUACACAGAUAAUUACGAACUUGCAAACACACAUCUUCAUAUCGCAGUAUGUCCCAGUGUUUUAAAGUUUGUUCGAAAAAUUGUUUCAGUACGAGAAAAUGUUGGCGAUGGGCUCGUUCUACGCAAUAGACAGGCUCAAUGCAGUUUCUAUGAUUGCCGAUUUACACAUUCAUUGUGAGCUCAUAAGAAUUAUAGUUUUUGCACGGUGCGUUUUCAGAUCAGAACUGGCCACUUCCAAAUAUCAAAACCUUGCUGCGUCGUGAAAUUUCUUCUGCAGAAGAGUGUUCACAACUCAUUUACAAACUGAUGUUCCAAUUGAUUGUGAGUUGCUUUUCUUUUCAGAACGACUGAACUUAAUAAAUUCUGCUCAGGAACUCUCAAAAAUCGACAAAGACAUCGAUGGGGCGUUUGAAAUAUGCAAGUUUGCCAUCGGCAAAUGCCAAAACGACCCGAGAAUGGAACUCUAUUUCCGAAUUUCGAGGACGUUGGUGACGUAUCAGUUAUUGCACGAAGAGCCGGAUAAUAGCGAGGUGUCAAAAAUCGGAUCGAUGAUCAAAGCUCUCGAAAUAGUGCCGUCGGAGAAAACGCACGUCGACUGUAUAAAGGACUUUUUCGUGUGCACAAAACUGUCUUACAUGUUCUACGAAGGAAAGUCACGAACUUCUCGGCAACUUUUGCGUCAAAUCCAGAGGACUCAAACGACUACAGACGCGCCAGCCAAUGGGAUCAGGUUGAGAUGACGAUAAACAUUUCAAAGUGAAAUAUUAUUUGCAGAUGGCUCGGCGACACCUCAAUGACUGUUUUUGCAUGCGUUAUGAACAUCGUCGGUGCUCUUGUGCAGUCGAAUCCCGACCGAGUGGAGAAAUAUUAUCAUUUGGCUAUGAAGCACGCCGACGAGAUACUCUUCAAGUCAGCACGGAGUCCCCGCGAGAUGGGCGUUGUCCGAUGCAUCAAUAUGAUCAAAAUGACCACCAUGGAGAUGAUGGCGUGCUGCAAUGUGAUGGCCUGUCGACCGCAUAAGACUCUGACCAACGUGCGAGAUAUGAUUGAAGUGGGAAACAGAGCCAGCGGUCCGUUGCUCUCCCGCUAUUUCACACCUCACAUUCAGUACAUUUUGGUGAGAAUUAGUAACUUCUAUUAUUCAAUCCAUAAUGAUAUUGUCAGGGUCUUCAAUGCUGCUACUUUCGAGAGAAUGAAGCUGCCGAAAAACACUUUAUUUCCGCCAUAAAAGUAAGUUAAACAAGGUGACUAUUUUGCUAUGAGUCACCAGUCCCAGAUGCUCGAAUCAGAAGGAAGGACCAUGGACAAUUCCAUCGCUCUCUUAAAUUUGAAUCUCGCGAUGACAUACUUGAAUCAGCUGAAAAUGGCGGAAUACUACGAAGUGGCGGAAAAGUGGGCGAAAUGCGUCACAGUGAAUCAUGGCUACAUUCUUUCAGUCUGACUGCUCCGAAGAUCAACGGCUGCUCUCAAAUGCUGAAGAACAACGUGAAGCUGCUAUCCGCCUUCUUCUCCUACCUCACACAGAAACCGAAUGAAUGCAAGACGCUCGUGCACGAAGUACUGCACGAUUCGAAGGCGGAAGACUUCUUCCGUCUGCACGGACUCGCACUCCUCCUCAUGUCCCUCAUUAUGAGCGUCGACGAACCGGGAGUUCGGCCGACUGUCGACUGGAGCAAGAAGUCGCACGAUCACGUGAUCAUACGGUGGAGUCACAGCCUCUACGAAGAGCUAAUGAAGACCGCGGGCUGUGAUCCGGAGUCUCAACAAAUGAAAAUCCUGAGGAACGAGCAGCAAACCUCAAAAGAGGCGCUGAGUAUACAUAAUCUCGUUCCUCAAAUCGUCGGAAUGCCAAUCGCCAAACUGCUCGAGGUGAUCUAAGCCAUCCAGACACAUUCUUAAUAAUUAUUUUCUUGCAGUGGUUCGAAGGGGAUCCUCUGAAAUGUCUACCUCGCGACGAUGCCGUCCUUUGA